CAGUCGUGUAGAAAACUUCUUUCAAGCAGUGUCACGGAAGUUUGUUAGCUUUCAAUAUGCUGAAGAAGCUCAUUUGUGAUAUAAAGGAUAAGAAGGAACGUUGUCCUGUGAAGCCAGGAGAAGAACUCUAUCCGAAUUGUGAUGCCAGCAUUUGGACGCGAUCGUGUGAAAAGGAAGUUAUCGAACCUAUUCAGGGACGAACGACAGGAUCAAUUCCCAAGUGGAUUAAUGGGAGUUUACUGAGAAACGGUCCGGGAAAUCUAAAGUUUGGCCAAACCUCAUUCAAGCAUCUCUUUGACGCUUCAGCCUUGCUUCAUCGCUUUGCCAUUCGUAAUGGCGACGUUACGUAUCAAUGUCGCUUCAUCGAAACGAACAGUUAUAACAGGAAUCGAGCUGCUCAAAGGAUAGUUGUGACGGAAUUUGGCACUAAAGCAGUUCCUGAUCCUUGUCAAUCGAUUUUCACGCGUGUGGCUUCGAUUUUCCAUCCUGGAGAAGUUGGAUCGGAUAAUGCUAUGAUAACUGUUUAUCCGUUCGGUGAUGACUUGUUUGCCUUCACCGAAACGCCUGUAAUGUUCAGAUUCGACGCAGAAAGUCUGGCGACACUGGAAAGAGUUAAUAUGUUCGAUAGAUUUGGGAUUGUUCAUCACUCAUCACAUCCUCAUGUCAUGUCGGACGGAAGGAUUUUCAACCUGGGCAUGACUGUGUCAGGAACUGGCCCAAAGUACACAAUUCUGGAGUUUUCACCGGGCAGAAGACAGUGGGAAAGCGCCAAAGUGGCUGCCACUCAGGCGACGAGAUGGAAAUUCCAUCCAGGAUACAUGCACACUUUCGGGAUGUCUGAGAACUACUUCGUCCUCGUGGAGCAGCCGCUGAGUGUGUCUGUGAGAAGCAUGUUAGUGGCUCAUGUGAAGAACGAACCGAUGAUGGCGUCUUUCAAGUGGUUUCAAGAGCACAACACGCACAUUUAUCUGUUGGAUAGGAAAACAGGCUCUCUCAAGUUCACUUUCCACAGCGAUCCUUUCUUCUUCCUUCACGUUAUCAACACAUUUGAGAAGGAGGAUCAUUUGAUCUUGGAUAUUUGUUGCUACAAUGACCCAAGCAUGCUCAAUUGCAUGUACAUUGAUAGUCUUCAGCAGAUGCAGUCAAAUCCAGACUAUGCGAAGAUGUUCAGAGGACGACCACUGAGGUUUAUAUUGCCGCUGAAUCCAGUGAAAAGUCCUUGUCAGAGUUUUAUGACGAAGGCAUUUAGAAAGAAUGAUAGAAAUGAACUGAAGUUUGACAAAUACAAUCUUGUUACUCUUCCAAAUACUGCAGCAAAAGCCUUCCUCGCGGAAAACCAGAAGAUUUAUUGCCUUCCUGAGCUCCUUUGUGAUUUAGGGUGCGAAACGCCGAGGAUCAACUAUGAGAAGUACGGUGGAAAAGAGUACAGAUAUUUCUAUGCCAUCAGUUCCGAUGUUGAUGCUGACAAUCCAGGAACGAUCAUUAAAGUGGAUGUGAUGAGCAAGACACGGAUCACUUGGUGUGAGGACAAUUGCUAUCCGAGUGAACCGAUCUUCUUGGAAUCCCCAGACGCCAAAAGCGAGGACGAUGGCGUCGUGAUUGCCAGUCUAGUUUGGGGAAAGGGUGAUGAAAAUCACGUGGGUUUAAUUGUUUUGUGCGCCAAAACACUAGAGGAAUUGGGACGCUCUGAGUUCUUCACUCCUAGUCCGGUUCCCAAGUGUCUUCACGGCUGGUUUACACCGCAGAAAUGAUUGUCAUUCCUUAAUUACUUUCUUGACACACUAAUUGAGUUUCUGCAUUUUUGUAGAGCUUAGAAAUGCUUGCUAUUGGUGUUAAUUUUAGGUGCUACGCGUGAGAAAAAUAAAAUGUUUUCUGUGCUGAUUAGAUAAGAAAAAAUCUGUGUACUCUAAGCAAGGUUACGGCGACGAUUUUUGGCUCGCGAAAGCUCAUCAGGAAAAAGCGUGU